AUGCACUGGCCUUUCCAGAGCAUAGCAACCGACACCGUCUCCAUCUUCACCGCGCCCGCACCAGAGCUAUUCCGCCGCGGGACCUGGCAGCCCCCCAAAACCUACGACAGCGACAAGGACAGCGCGGCCAGCACUCGGCGGGGCAGCACGCUGAUCCCAGACUAUGUGGUCAACUUCAUCCGUGGCGAGACCCCUGAAAGCGUGGCGCGGCGCAAGCAGAAUGGCGGAAACCGCGGCAUGCGCGCCGUGGACAUUACCCACCAGCACAGGCCGCAGCGGUCGCAUAUGGCGCUCAUGAUGCUGGCCGACGAUGUGGAGGCUGGUGAUGGCGGUGGCCGUCGUCGUGGGGACGGGGACGACGCGCAAAGCCACGUCACGUCGACGAGCACGACGACGGAGCUGCAGCAGAUCCUGCGCGACGGACAGAGAAGCCGUGGUGGAUGGCGGCGGGUCACAACUGGCUGGCGGAGCGGUGUGCUGCUGAGUCUGGUCUUGGUCCUUGUCAUGCUCAUUGCCGGCUUCGUCUGUCUGGUCAUUGCAGGGACCAAGAUCACCUCCCUGGCCGGGCCUAUGGACCUGUUCACAGGUUCCUGCUCGGCGGCUGCGACGCUCAACUGGGGCCUGCACGCUCUCAUCAACGUCGCGGUGGUGGUCGUCAUCGUCGGCGCAAAUUAUGCCUUCCAGGUCCUGAGCAGCCCGACGAGAACCGAGGUGUCUGAGGUGCACGAGAACAGGAAGUGGCUGGAAAUUGGUGUGCCUUCGGUCCGAAACUUUUGGUAUGUCGGGCGAGGAAGGGCUUUUCUCGCCAUGGUCCUCCUUGCCGUGGCCGUCAUGACCCAAAUAAUAUAUAAUUCCUUAAUCUUCACCACCACAGCCGGCACGACCUACGACCUCAUCGCCGUCGAGCCAUCCUUUCUCACCGGCGCCCAGUUCAGCAAUAGCUCCUCGUCCAAUGCCGCAGCGCUCUCGCGGGCCCAGCUGCUCGACCUGCAGAGUCUCCUGGCCAGCGGCGGUGGUGCGCUCACCAACCUCACCACGACGGCCUGUGUCGAUCUCUUUGACGACACCUUCAACGCAGAGUACUCGAAUAUCAUCCUCUCCACCUCUGACGACAACUCCCUCGUCGCAACGGCCCAGGCUGGGUUCGGCGCCAACAACACCACCACUUCUGCGUCAACCCUCAUCACCACCACCGCGACAACAUCCGGCGUGGAGAUCCUCGUCGAUGGCUCGUCCGUGUCCUACUGUCUCGCUGAGCGCACCGCAUCGCCCACCUGCACCGUCAACCUGAACCCGGCCGUCUUCGCCACCAUCCUCGGGCUGAACCUGGUGACACUGCUCCUUAUGGGCGCGACGCUCCUCGUGCACCAGCACUCCGACCCCCUCGUCACCCUCGGUGAUGCCAUCGCCUCCUUCCUUCGCGAGCCGGACCCCAGCACGCGCGACAACGCCCUCGUGACCAGGGAGAACCUCCGUCUGGGGCUCGGCGGCUGGGGCUUCACCGAGGGCAAAUACUGGUCGCCCACACGCACGCCGCUGUGGCUGUCGGCGCCAAGUCUGGCGCAGUGGGCCACCGCAGGCUCCUGGUGGCUUGUGGCUACCGCCUUGGCUGCCGCGGCGCUGAUCCUCACCGUUGUCACCGACAAGACCGGCAACGUUCACGGUCUCAGCCCUUUUGGCAUCGCCACCCCACGGACAACCUAUCUCUUUACCGAGAGCAGCAGCACAACUACCAUCAUUCCAGCCGCCGCGCUCGCUAUCGCCGUAUCUACCCCCCAGGUCCUACUCGCGGGUCUCUACUUCAGCACAAACGCCCUGCUGACCGCCUUCUUCCUCUCGCGCGAGAGCAGCCUGUACACCCAGCGACCAGGCCGCAACGGUGCCGCACCCCGUUCCUUACGCGUCAGCGCCGACCCCGUUGGGGUCCAGGCUACAAGCCUGUACCUGACGCUCCCGCGGCCCGUGUCGUGGGCGCUGGCAGUCUGGUUCGCUGCCAUGGGCUUCGUGCUCUCCCAAUCGUGCUUCGUCGUCUCCGUAGAGGAGAGCGAUGCUUCCUCCUCGAACCACCUCCGCGGCCUGGGUCUCAGCGGCACCGCCCUCCUCGUCCUCCUCGCCAUGCUCAUCAUACUGCUCCUGGCCGUAGCCGCAGCAGGGCUCCAGCGCCUCCCACCGUCGCAGAUGGCCGACGGGCGCGCCACAGGCAACCCGCUUGCCAUUGAGGGCGGGAGCUGCUCAGCUGUCCUCAGCGCACGGUGCCAUCGCAUGCCCGAGGAGGCGGGCGUGUGGAUGAAAAAGGUGCUCUGGGGCGUCGUCACCUCUGCGGGGGGCCAAGACGCCGGCAGCCACGUCGGCCACGUUACCUAUUCGGCCAGGGGUGUCGGAGAGCUGGACGGGAAUCGUCGCUAUAUUUGA